AUGCAACGUACACUUGCAAGACAAAUAACUUUAGAAAAAGUAAUUGAUGCUGGUCGUUAUGGUAGUGUUCAUCUAGGAAAAUGGCGUGAAGAUCAUGUUGCUGUUAAAAUUUUUUCGGCAAAUGAUGAACGUUCAUGGCUUCGAGAAAUUGAUAUUUAUCAAACUGUUUGUUUAAGAUAUGAAAAUAUUCUUGGAUAUAUUGCAGUCGAUAAUAAGGAUGCAUCGACAUAUACUCAACUUUGGCUUUUUAACGGAUAUCAUGAAAAUGGAUCAGUUUAUGAUUAUUUAAUGACUCAUACAAUAACAAUACCUAUAUUAAUAAAAAUGAUGUUAAGUAUAGCUAGUGGUCUUUGUCAUUUACAUAUGCCAAUUGAUUCAACAAAUGGUUAUAUGGCACCAGAAGUUCUUGAUGGAACAUUAAAUGAACGUAGUUUUGAAUCAUUUAAAGCUGCUGAUAUAUAUGCAUUAGGACUUGUCUAUUGGAAAAUAUUACGAAGAUGUCAAAUAAAUUCAAAUGAAAAUGAUGCUGAUCCAUAUCAAGUACCAUAUGAAGAUAUUUUACCAAAUAAUCCAAUAUUUGAACAAAUGCGUGAUGUUGUAUGUACAAGAAAAAUUCGAUCACCACCAUCACCACGAUGGCAAACACAUCCAAUUCUUCAUCAUCUUGUUCGUUUAUGUAGAGAAUUAUGGAUUGAAGAUCCAGCAUGUCGUCUUAGUAGUCUUAAUGUUAAAAAACAACUUAAAACUCAAAUGAGUUUAAUAGAAAAUAAUUUAUCAAAUAUAAAUAUUGAAUCACAACAACAAUUAACACAAAAUGAUGGUCGAUGGACUCCAUAUAUUCUUGUUCUUUUUCAUUUGUCUAAUUUAAUAAUUAUGGCAACAUCACAAGGAACAACAUUUACAGGUGAUAGUACUACAAUAUCAACAACACAAACAACAGUUAGUGCACCACCAAUAGUAACACGAUCGACUGCUAUUAUACAACUUUUAUCAUUAGAACUUGUUGAUAAAUGUAUUGGAUGA